AUGGCUUCCUCAACCAAAUCUUUCUUCAUGGCCUUGUUCAUCUUGGGAGUGUGGGCUUCUCAAGCCAUGGGCCGCACUCUACAGGAAGUGUCCAUGUCAGACAGGCACGAGCAAUGGAUGUCUCGAUAUGGUCGCACAUACAAGGAUGCAUCUGAGAAAGAGCUACGUUUCAAGAUAUUCAAGGACAAUGUGGAAUUCAUAGAAUCCUUCAACAAUGCUGGGGACCGAUCUUACAAGCUAAGUGUAAAUGAAUUUGCAGACCAAACCAACGUGGAGUUCAAGGCCAGACGUAACAGAUUUAUGCCCACUCAAACAACAGAAUUGAGAGACACGUCGUUCAUGUAUGAGAACGUGACUGUUCCAUCUAGUAUGGAUUGGAGAAAGAAAGGAAUUUAG